AUGGCCAGCAACCGCACUCGUCGUGUUGGCAAAGAGAUUGCCGACAUCCAUGCCGACACACAUUCCCAGGUCAUGGUUGAGCCCUUUGGAGACUCAGACGAUAUAACUCACCUUCGUGGAUCAUUCCCAGGACCACCUGGUACUCCAUAUGAAGGUGGCACCUACACAAUCGAUAUCAAAAUCCCUACCGACUAUCCCUUCCGUCCACCUACAAUGAAGUUUGAGACUAAAGUGUGGCAUCCCAAUGUCAGCAGCCAGACAGGUGCAAUCUGUCUUGAUACAUUAUCUAGUGCCUGGUCACCAGUACUCACCAUCAAGUCUGCCUUGCUGUCUUUGCAAUCUUUGCUCAGCACCCCGGAACCCAAGGACCCACAAGAUGCUGAAGUAGCCAAUAUGCUUCUCAGAACACCAAAGGAAUUCGACCGUGUUGCCCGUGAAUGGGCAGUUCUCUACGCUGGCGCCCCGAUGAGCAGCACAGGAAAAGGAACUGGCGCCAGCUCCGAUGAGGCGAAGCAGGGUACCGGUGUUGAUAUUCUGGCGAAAUAUGAUGGAUACAACAAGGAUUUGAUCGACCGUUUUGGCAGCAUGGGUUUUGAUGUGGAACAGGUUGUAGCUGCUUUCCAGUUUGUCGAUGCUCCCCGACGAGGAGGACAGGAUUAUGAAUUGGAAGAAGGUCGCAUGGCAGAUAUUACUGCUCGACUUCUUGCUCCUGAUCACGGUCGGUCUCAGCCAUCAAGCUCAAAACAAAAAAAGGCGGGCGCCAUGAUCGAAGACGACAUCUACCGUACCUCGUCUCAAUUUCGACUAUGGUCUUACACUGAGGCUUCUUUGCAAUCACUUCGAGCCACCACAAAUGCUGUGGCCAGUGAGCGUGUGCGGGCUGCCUUGCGCAGGGCUCGCGAGACUCAUCUGUCGGCCGCAUCCUCUGCACCUGGCACGCCGCAGCCGGGUAGCGAUGUGGAUGGCAAAAGCAGCGAAGAGAAGCCCAUUGAGUGUUUGACACCGGAGGAGGAGCUUGUUCUGGUGCGGUAUUAUUGCGAGAAGACGCUGGAGCUCGGGGAGACAUACAAGCCGCCGUUGCCAACAAUGGUUCGGGCUACUGCGAUCCAAUACCUUCGCCGCUUCUACCUAACAAACUCGCCUAUGACAUACCAUCCGAAGUCGAUCAUGGCGUGCGCGCUUUUCCUUGCGACGAAGACCGAUAACUACUACAUGUCGCUUCGUCAAUUUGCAGAUGGUAUUCCGGGAGACACAACGACAGAGGAUGUUAUUACACCAGAGUUUCUGCUCAUGCAGGGACUUCGUUUCACCUUUGACGUACGGCAUCCGUUCCGAGGACUCGAAGGUGGCAUCAUGGAACUUCAAGCUAUUGCACGUGGCCAAGGACAAGCAGCUCCUCAUCUACCACAUGAAACUCCUGAAGACCUGCAACAGGGGUUGAUGUCCAUUGCACCUCCUCCAGUCCCAUCAUCAUCAAUGUCCGAUCGCAUCGCGCGAGCCCACGGCACGACUCGUGAGCUGCUCAAGACCGCAGCGCAAAUGACCGAUGUGUACUUCCUCUACACCCCCUCCCAAAUAUGGCUUUCCGCCUUUCUCAUAGCCGAUCGUCCCUUGGCCGAAUUCCUUCUGGACGUCAAACUCGGUGGGCCCGUCACACCCGCCACAGCUACCCCCGAUACAAGCCAAAAUGGUCUCCAAAAUCCUCUAUAUGAAAUCCGCUGCAAGCUUCAUCGCGUCUUGACCGACUGCACUGCUUUCCUCCAAUCCUAUACGCCACUCUCCUCCGACCCAGCCCAAAUGAAGAGUCUCAAACGCAUCGCAAAGAAGCUAUAUCAUUGUCAAAACCCUGAGAAGGCGAACAUGGCCGCCCAGAAGCGUGAAUCAGCUCAGCCAUCAACUGCCGUACAGAGCGAAUCCGGGAUGGCCAACUCUGAGAGUGAGUCGGAACGUCUAGCGAAGAAGCGGAAGUUGGAGCAAGAACAAAAGACUCGCGAGAGCAACGAUGUCUUUGGACCCGAGCUGGUCACUCAGCGAACAAAAGAGCAGUAA